AUGCCGUUCAAUUGGGCAACCGCAAAGCGCAAGCUUGAGUGCCCUACGGACGAGGAUGCAAACUAUCGCAACACUCAGUGGUGCAAUCGAGAUCUCAUCCCCAUCCCUAAAGAUCGCCAGACCUAUGGUCAAUGGUCUUAUGUUGGUUACUGGACUGUUUCGGGGUCAUGUGUCUCAGCUUGGUCAACGGGAAGCACACUCUUGGAGUUUGGGCUUAACCCACAACAAGCCAUCGGUGUCGUCAUCGUAGGUGCUGUGAUAACCGGUAUUAUUGCUGUUGCUUGUGGAUGGAUGGGAGCUCAUCACCACAUCGGCUUUACUGUUUCAAGCCGUUUCUCCUGGGGCAUGAGAGGCUCGUACUUUCCUGUCAUUCUCCGAGUUUUCGUUUCAUGUAUCUGGUUCGGAAUCCAAGCAUUCUGGGGUGGACAGGCUACCCGCGUACUGAUUGGCGCCAUCAUUCCAGGCUUGGCUCACAUGAAGAACUACUUUGCUGAAAGCUCUCAUCUGGAGACGAAAGACUUCAUCGGACUCGUCAUCUGGAUGUGCGGAUUUAUCCCUUGCAUUCUCAUCAAACCCGAAAAGCUUCAACUCCCAUUCGUGGUGUGUUUCAUUCUGUUCUGCGGAACUUGCGUCGGAUUGCUGUCAUGGAGCGUAUCUCAGGCCCAUGGAGUUGGUUCCACCUUCCACCAGCCCGCCUCGACGCCCAACGUUGGGUGGGCUUUUGCGUUUGGCAUCACCUCUAUCCUCGGCUCAUGGGGCGCAGGAACUCUCGGACAAUCCGACUGGACUCGUUAUGCCAAGACGAAGCACGCCCCCAUCAUGUCGCAGCUCAUCGCAUCUCCCAUGACUAUUAGCGUAACAGCAAUCUUUGGAAUUAUCGUCACCAGCGCUUCGCGGGAUAUACUUAGUGGUAAAAUUGUCUGGAGCCCAAUUGCUCUCCUCGCGGAAAUUCAGGAUCACUACGAUUCUAGCUCUGGAGUGAGAGCCGCUGUCUUCUUUGCGAGUCUUGGUUUGGUGGCUUCGCAGAUGUCGGUGAUUGUGCUGAACUCUGUCUCUUGUGGAAUGGACAUGGCCGGAUUGUGGCCGAAGUACAUCAAUAUCCGCCGUGGUGGUUACAUUAUGGCCAUGAUUGGAAUUGCGGUUCAGCCCUGGCAACUCCUGACAACAGGAACCAAGUUCCUCCAAGUCUUGAGUGGAUUUGGUGUUUUCAUGGCGCCGGCGACUGGAAUUAUGCUCGCAGACUAUCUCGUAAUCCGACGACAGAAACUUAAGCUGGACGACCUCUACGUCGGGGAUUCUUCAUCAAUCUAUUGGUUCCAAAAAGGCGUCAACUGGCGUGCGUUUGCUGUGUUCAUCCUCGGGAUGUGGCCAUUCCUUCCGGGUCUAGUCGCCACGGUAAAUGCUUACGAGGGAGGGCAAUACGAGAAUUGGAAGAGACUCUACAACCUUACAUUUGUCGUUGGUAUGAUAUGGAGCUUUCUCUUGUUCUGGGGGAUGAGUGUGCUUUUUCCAAUUCCGGGACUGGGUCAGGACAGUCCGUUCACCGGCGAUGAUAUCAUCCUGGGAGUUGAUCAGACUGAUACAGUGAGUGAGAUCAACGCAGAAAGAGAGAAGGUGAACGCUGAGGUCUCGACCGCUCAGGAGUUCAAGUAA